AGACAACUGGAGCUCAAUAGCUCAAAAGAAGAAAUUUAGAUGAGGACUAUACUUAUAGCAAGUUUACUUCUCUGCUGAUCUCAUCUUGAGACAGUUACUUUUCUUGGCCUAGAAAAAAGGUUUCACCUGGAUAUCAAGAAGAAAGAAGAAGAAUUGCUGAUCUUAUAAUGGCUGGUGGCAGUGACAAUUUUAGCCUUUCAGGGCCCAAACACCUAAAUAGUAUUGAUUGGAACAACGCCCAUCAUCGAAGGUCUGUAGCAGCCAGUUUGGUUGAGGGUGUCUACGUUCUGGAAGCUGACCGUCAGGCAAACCGUCGGGAUUCUCAAUCUCUUGCUCCUCCAUGGUGGGAGUUUUUCCACUUUAAGCUGAUUCGUCAGCUUGUUGAUGAUGCUGAUCAUUGCAUCUUCGGUGCUAUUUUUGAAUAUAAACCUCCAAAGUAUGCAAAUUAUCGCAAAGACUCAACUGGGAGAAGCCCCCGUUAUGUAAUUGCCUUCCGCGGUACCUUAAUCAAACUAGAUUCCUUUGCAAGAGACCUUCAGUUGGAUAUCCAGAUAAUCCGAAAUGGACUCCACCAGACUACUCGCUUUGGGAUUGCCAUGAAAGCCGUUCGAGACAAGGUUGCUGAAGUGGGUGAUUCAAAUGUCUGGUUAACUGGUCAUUCCCUUGGGGCAGCCAUGGCAAUGCUGGCUGGAAAAACUAUGGCCAGGACAGGCAAAUUUCUGGAAGCGUUCCUGUUUAAUCCCCCAUUCUUUUCUGCCCCCAUUGAGAGAAUCAAAGAUAAGAAAGUGAAACAUGGACUUCGGUUUGCAGGCAGUGUAAUCACCGCUGGACUUGCUAUUGCUUCUGCUACAAAGGGUAAAUAUAACAAUGCAAGUAACAAUGGAAAUGGAUAUGAAGAAAAUUUGUUUUCCGUUAUAUCUGGAUGGAUCCCAUGCCUAUUUGUGAAUCAGGCAGACCACAUAUGCUCUGAAUACAUUGGUUACUUCGAGCACAGGAAAAAGAUGGAAGAGAUUGGAGCUGGGGCUAUUGCGAGGUUUGCAAGCCAGCACUCAUUGGGAGGUCUAGUCAUGAAUAUGAUGGGAGUACAAGGUGUGGAAACCGCAGAACCGCUGCAUCUGCUUCCUUCAGCAAAUCUAACAGUGAAUCUAAAUCCUUCAAAAGAUUUCAUGGGAGCCCAUGUGCUAUGCCAGUGGUGGAGGCCUGACCUGAACUUGAACUGCGGUGUUUACAAAUACAAAUAGUGGAUUAAGGAAGCAUAGAUUUUUCUUCCUUGUAUCUCCAAGUACUGCUUGAUAUAUACGGACCAGUUAUCUAGUGAAAAAUGAUACAGGAUUUAUAGCAACAACUGAAAAAAAAGAGAGAAAAAACUAAUAAUUUGUAAUUCCUAAUAUAUAGUUUCUUGGAGUUUGAGGCUUGUUUAAGCCUUGGUGUCGUGUCCUGUCCUGUCCUAUCUUUUGCCUUGCAAAUGCAGCAUUUGCAAGCAUUUUGUUACAACAUUUACUGUAUUAAGUUUCGUUGUUAAGUCAAUUUAGUUUAGUUUGGCAAGCAAUGAGAUAACGCCUGUUAUUAAAACUGA